AUGAAGUCGCUCGUUAUUUCAAAUAUCCUCUUGGCAUACGCUUUUUUUGCACUUCCCGUGUUUGCCACUUUUGGUGGUUUGUUCGAUUGGUGUGACUUGUCUUCGUCCUUCAAAAUCCAACAUUGGGGGACAACAACGAACACUGUGACUUGUACUCCUCCUCAAAUCUGGUCUUGUGAUUCGUCGAAGAGGGACGAAAUUGUCGAAAAUGUUGCAAAUGAAGAGAGAACUCUCUCUUUGAUUCCUCAAGCUAACUUUGCUAUCUCCGGGGUCAACAAGCUUAAAGAUGACCUUUUCGAGGUUGCUUGUAACUUCGAGACUCAUGAAUACGACUGGUUACUGCAAUUGCAUAGUUCUGUCAAGAAACUCUCCAUUACAGGUACUGGAUGUGGCCGUGAUUUCGAUUUGAUCACUCCCUCCUCCUGUUUGGUGAACAAUUGGGCUAAGUGGUCCGCCAGUAUUGUUGUCAAGCCGGUUAAAUACAACAACAAGUGCUGUUUACCAACUUCGCUUCAAGUGCAAUGUCAUGUGGACAAGUCAACUGAUGCAGAUGACUUAACCCUUGCUUUCUCGAACGUGUUCAGUUCAUCGCUCACUUGGUCCGUUGGCACUCUCAGUGGUGGUUUUAAUGCGUUCUCUAGUGCCUCUUCUUUCUUUGCAUCUACGAAGCGUGAUGACAUGCCAGACAUCAAUGAUUUGAACGCCAACUUACAGAAGAGAAUUGUGGAGCUUUCUGACAUCAUGAACAUUUUCAAAUCUAUCAGUACUUCUUCAUGUCCUUUAACUCAGUUCUGUUGGGAUUGUGACUGUGGAGGAACUUCUUCCAGCUCUUCCAGCUCUUCCAGCUCUUCCAGCUCUUCCAGCUCUUCCAGUGCUUGUGAGACCUCUAAGAGUUCCAUCUCCUCCAGCUCUUCCAGUGCUUGUGAGACUUCUAAGAGUUCCAUCUCCUCCAGCUCUUCCAGUGCUUGUGAGACUUCUAAGAGUUCUUCCAGCCCUUCCAUCUCCUCCAGCUCUUCCAGUGCUUGUGAGACCUCUAAGAGUUCUAUCUCUUCCAGCUCUUCCAGUGCUUGUGAGACUUCUAAGAGUUCUUCCAGCCCUUCCAUCUCCUCCAGCUCUUCCAGUGCUUGUGAAACCUCUAAGAGUUCUAUCUCUUCCAGCUCUUCCAGUGCUUGUGAGACUUCUAAGAGUUCUUCCAGCCCUUCCAUCUCCUCCAGCUCUUCCAGUGCUUGCGAGACUUCUAAGAGUUCUAUCUCUUCCAGCUCUUCCAGUGCUUGUGAGACUUCUGAGAGUUCCAUCUCCUCCAGCUCUUCCAGUGCUUGUGAGACUUCUAAGAGUUCCAGCUCUUCCAGUGCUUGUGAGACUUCUAAGAGUUCUAUCUCUUCCAGCUCUUCCAGUGCUUGUGAGACCUCUAAGAGUUCCAUCUCCUCCAGCUCUUCCAGUGCUUGUGAGACUUCUAAGAAAUCUAGCUCUUCCAGUGCUUGCGAGACCUCUAAGAGUUCUUCCAGCCCUUCCAGCCCUUCCAGCUCUUCCAGUGCUUGUGAGACUUCUAAGAGUUCUAUCUCUUCCAGCUCUUCCAGUGCUUGUGAGACUUCUGAGAGUUCCAUCUCCUCCAGCUCUUCCAGUGCUUGUGAGACUUCUAAGAGUUCCAGCUCUUCCAGUGCUUGUGAGACUUCUAAGAGUUCUAUCUCUUCCAGCUCUUCCAGUGCUUGUGAGACCUCUAAGAGUUCCAUCUCCUCCAGCUCUUCCAGUGCUUGUGAGACUUCUAAGAAAUCUAGCUCUUCCAGUGCUUGCGAGACCUCUAAGAGUUCUUCCAGCCCUUCCAGCCCUUCCAGCUCUUCCAGUGCUUGUGAAACCUCUAAGAGUUCUAUCUCUUCCAGCUCUUCCAGUGCUUGUGAGACUUCUGAGAGUUCCAUCUCCUCCAGCUCUUCCAGUGCUUGUGAGACUUCUAAGAGUUCCAGCUCUUCCAGUGCUUGUGAGACUUCUAAGAGUUCUAGCUCUUCCAGCUCUUCCAUUGCUUCCAGUGCUUCUGAAUCUUCAAGUGUUUCUUCUGGAUCUUCAAGUGCUUCUGGAUCUGCAAGCUCUUCCAUUGCUUCCAGCUCUUCCAUUGCUUCCAGCUCUUCCAUUGCUUCCAGCUCUUCCAUUGCUUCCAGCUCUUCCAUUGCUUCCAGCUCUUCCAUUGCUUCCAGCUCUUCCAUUGCUUCCAGUGCUUCUGGAUCUGCAAGCUCUUCCAUUGCUUCCAGUGCUUCUGGAUCUGCAAGCUCUUCCAUUGCUUCCAGUGCUUCUGGAUCUGCAAGCUCCUCCAGUGCUCCUAGUCAUUCUGGACCCUAUAGUUCUCAUAACUCUCCCCCGGCUACCACGAUUACUGUCUCUUCUACAUCCGUAAUUGCUGAGACUGUGACUGUUCCAUGUGAGACCAAUGAGACUUUCUUUACCGUUUCCGUCAUUUACAAGACCUCUACCGUUGAGUGUGAGACAGUUGUCCCAGUUACUGUGAUCACCACGUUCACCACUCAACUUGCCACUGAGACGGUGACUGUGCCUUGUGAGACCAAUGCUCAUUCCUCUGUCGUUUCAACCAUCACGAAAACAAAGUAUGUCGAAUGCAUCACUUCUGUUCCCGUCCUUCCAGUGCAAACAUCGACAAGUACAUUUACUGUAACAGAUAUCGUUGUCACCACUGAUGUCGUGUAUGUUCCGUGCUCCACCAACCCUGCAUCGUCUGUCCUCAGCACCGUGGUCACCACCAAGACUGUUGAAUACUUGACCACUUCUUGCGUUUAUAACGCAGGUACAACUUUCGAUGCCUCCAGUGGAGUCAUCACAAAGGCAGUCCCAUCUGAAUACAAAGAUGUGACUGUUACUAUCUACCCCACAGUUGUUACUUCGACAGAUACUAACGGCCUUCAAACGACUUCUUCAAGUUAUGUUACUGCCACUAUUGUUUGUGAAUCGGGUGAUUGCACGACGACUGUGGCUACUGAGACUUCCGAAAUCGUGGGUGCCGUCUCUACUGGUGCCGAGGAAACCACGAUUGUGAUCACGAAGUCCGUUAAUUACGGACUGGCCACCACACUUGUCACUUCUGCCACUACUGCCAGUGAGGUGUGCGUUCCAGUGCAGACUUGUGUUGUCAAGGUUGUGGACAUCUCGCAAUUGGACUACUACAAGAGUUUGGGAUGGGGUAAUUGA